CACGUGCCAUCUACUACGAUCCGCUGAAGUUGGAGAAAAGUUUGACAAGCCCAAGAUCCCCGAGAAACAAGAGAGCUGCCAAACUUAAGACCCAGCAAAGGAGAAACAUCAUCGAUACUAUCGGCUCUUUAUUUCCGGACACACGAUGGAAUCCGUCGCCCAGAAAGUCAUGUCUUCCGGAUUCACUCUUGAUUUUGGACCUCUGAAAGAGCCGCUGGCUUUCAUACGUGUGCUGGAGUGGGUGUUCUCCAUAUUUGCCUUUGCUACGACCGGAGGUUACAGCGGCACAACCAGCAUCAACGUCCAGUGCCAAGGGAGUACCAACCAAGAAAUACACGCAGAGUUUAACUACCCAUUCAGGUUGAUGCAGCAUCCUUAUGACGUUUUUGAUUGCACUACCAAUAAAACAUCUAUGUUCUUCCUGACUGGAGACCACACAUCCUCGGCACAGUUUUACGUCUGCAUCGGAGUGUUGGCCUUCCUCUACAGCACUGCCACACUAGUCCUCUACUUGGGCUACCAGCACGUAUACAGAGAAUCUAGUCGUGGCCCCACUUUGGACCUGCUGGUGACUGCAGCCUUGGCCUUCAUGUGGCUUGCAUCAUCCUCUGCUUGGGCUAAAGGCUUGGCUGAUGUGAAGUGGGCCACCAGCCCUACAACCAUUAUUUCUCAGCUUAAGUUUUGCGUGGCUGUCAACAAGUGCAGCCAAGGUGCCACACCUCACAUGGGCCGACUAAACGCCUCUGUGAUUUUUGGGUUUCUUAACCUCAUCCUGUGGGGCGGGAACUGCUGGUUCAUUUACAAGGAAACACCUUUCCACAAAUCAGCCAAUCAGCCUGCAGAUGUGGAGGGGGGUGUCAGGCCAUCGUAACCACACAGCUUCCUUGUUUCACAAUUUUCUAACAUGUAGUGUUAUUAAAUGAGUCAUUUUGGUACUAAUUGUUAAAAAAAUACUGCAGAUUACAAGAUACACAUAUUCAGAACAGACUGAUCCUUUUUUGCUACGUAUUAAUUUUAUAUUUAGGAUUUGAACUUUUUGUAGUUAAAUCAAUACAGGAAAUUUUUGCAGUCAAAUGUUUUUCAAAUAGAUGGUUGUUUUUCCUGUUUUAAAGAUUCUGUUGUAACUUAAAGAAAAUUCUUAUCGUUACUGAACCCUCUCUGUGAGGGCAUUAAGUAAACUGCAGUCAGCCUCCUGUUACUCACACUUCCAUGAGCACAAGACUAACACUGAUUGACCAUCAUCAUGUUGACGGAAGCCUGUAAAAUAAUUCCAAUCACACAUAGAAUAAUGUCAAUAUCUGCAAUCCUUCCAUAUUUCAUUUGGACGAUUGGCUCCAUGAUACUAAGUGGCUUUUGCAGUUUACAUUACCAGCUCAUGUUAUAAGUAACCAUGUAGAAUAGCUAACAUUAGCUGGCUAACAUUAGCUCAGGCUGUGGAUAACUCAUUGGCUGCUGCAUCACUUUUGGCUAGUAGAAACCACUUUGUACUGUUAUAUCAUUUAUUGUUGGCUAAAUAAGCACCAGUUGUCAUAUUACAUAAGUUGGUAUCGUGUAUCACGUUAGCUGGGGAGGUAAUUUGGCAAGCUAGCCAACCAACAGAUCCACCCAGAUCGUAUUUUGCUAGUAAUAAUGUUAGCGAUCAAGCAAGCUAAGGUAGCCAGCUAGCCGUAAGCCCAAGUAAGCUGCGCUUUAUUGAUCCGGUGUUAGUUGUUGUGUGUAACUUAGCUGAUAAAAGUCAUUUGCAAAUGGUAGGGUUUCAUAUAAAACAAUUAUACCCAGGUAUCGAAAACAAAGUUUCCCUUAUAUCUCAGAUGGUACUGAAGAUUCAGCCAUUACUUUUGGCUAGUAGAAAGCACUUUGUACCAUUAUAUGAUUUAAUGAUUGCUAAAUUAGCACCAGUUGUCAUAAGACACAAGUCGGUAUCAUGCAUCACGUUAGCUGGGGAGGUAAUUUGGUAAGCUAGCCAACCAACAAAUCCACUUUUGCUAGUGAUAACAUUAGCGAGCAAGCAAGCUAAGGUAGCCAGCUAGCUGCCAAAGUAAGUUGCAUUGUAUUGAUCUAGUGUUGGUUGCUGUGUGUAACCUUAGCUGAUAAAAGUCAUUGCAAAUGGUAGGGUUUCAUAUAAAACAAUUAUUGGUAAAAAAGUUACAUAGGCCUACAGAACCUUUAACAUAUUUAUACCCAGGUAUCAAAAACAAAGUGUCCCUUAUAUCUCAGAUGGUACUGAAGAUUCAGCCAUUACUUUUGGCUAGUAGAAAGCACUUUGUACUGUUAUAUGAUUUAAUGAUGGCUAAAUUAGCAUCAGUUGUCAUAAUACACAAGUCGGUAUCAUGCAUCACGUUAGUUGGGGAGGUAAUUUGGCAAGCUAGCCAACCAACAAAUCCACUUUUGCUAGUGAUAACAUUAGUGAGCAAGCAAGUUAAGGUAGCCAGCUAGCUGUAAGACAAAGUAAGCUGCACUGUAUUGAUCUAGUGUUGGUUGCUGUGUGUAACCUUAGCUGAUAAAGUCAUUUGUAAAUGGUAGUGUUUUAUUAAAACCAAUUAAUACUUGUAAAAAUUUACAUAGGCCUUUAACAUAUUUAAACCCAGGUAUCGAAAACAAAGUGUCCCUUAUAUCUCAGAUGGUACGGCAGAUGUGGACUGCAACCUUCCAGUUGUCAACAGCCUGUCAUUUCAGUCAUCAGCUUUAUCUUAAAAAACAAAAACAAACAAAAAAAACUCAGGGCUGAUAAAUAUUAAAUACUUGAAGUGCAUUUAUUAUUAACACAAGUCUAGAGAAAAUCCUGUUUCUGUCACAUCCUAAAACAUAUAAUAGGCAUCAAUAUAUGUAGUUACAAUGAAGUAAUGUUAAAAUAGUUGAAUCCAGUUGCCAUGAUGAGAUUAUUUGUGAAAGGGUGAAAGUAAUUUUAUUUCAUUUUUUUGUGUGUGUUAUGUUGCACCUCAUCAUUUCACUAUAGAAGGCUAAAUGAAAUGUUUUAGCCCAACAUCUGAAUGGUAUGUUGAAUGUAGGGGAUGUAUGUGGAGCACGUUCGCUCUUUAUGAAUUUUACCUUUAAAAUUAUGAGUUAUUAGGCAGAAUUUCCAAUCUUUUUCCUAGAUGUUUAGAUUUCUAAAUAAAUAAAAUACCCCAGCAAGAUACUACAGUAUUUCAAAGCCAGUGUAUUACUAAUUGUACAGCCUUAGCUAGUGGUGAGUAAAAAUCGACUGAUUUCUAGCCUGUAACUAAUUAACACUUUUUCUUGCUUUUGCCUGGCUUCUACCUCUAUUUUGUUAUAAGACGAGCUCUUUUCUUUAUUACUGCCAUUGUGAUGAUAUCCCACUUUGAUAAAGCCUUGCUUGAUUCAGUUACUAGUUUAAUCCACCACUGCGUUGAUAAAAGUGUCACAUGAAUGAGACUGAAGUUUCUGUUGCAGUCCAGGAAGAUACUGCAUGGUCAUGAAAUGCUGUGCAUCAUUAAAAGGAAGAACUGGA